GUAGUAAAAAAGCAAAACCCUACACGCACAUAAUUGAGGCAAUUGUGGCAAUUGUGUUUCGACGACAGAACACGACACACUCAUUUGACGUUUUCAACUGUAAACUAGACAAUCGGACGGCUUAUUAAACGAUAUCAAAAGCGCAAAGGAAGCAGAUGAGAAACACGAGCGCACUGGGACGGUUGGACGAGCGAACUAACAUAGAGUCUGCAACGCAGUUAUAUACUGUGAUAUAGAGGUGAGGAGCGAAGAGCGAAAAUAAUGUGUCUACCAAAGGAUUUGAAAGGUGCCACGAUCCAGAGGAUCGCGACAAUUGUCGGUAACAUACUCUGCUUGAACUUUGGCAUUAUGCUUGGCAUUACGCCAGCGCAUAUGCGGCUCUACAUGGACGAGCAGACCCCACUGAACCAUAUUGCCAACGUAGAUGACGUAACGUGGAUCUGCAGCAGUGUAUUUAUCAGCGCUGCCUUGAGCGCAGUCUUUAGCGGGUAUCUAGUGGAGAAAAUCGGACCAAAAGGGGUGCUGCUUCUUAGCGGUCUACUGCAAAUCUCCAGUUGGUUUUGUAUGCACUUCGCGUUUGACAUUUUACACAUCUAUUCGUCCCGCAUAAUGGCUGGAAUGGCCGCUGGCGCCGCACUCACCGCCCUGCCCAUAUUCAUAACGGAGAUAGCGGAGGAAAACAAUAGUGGCGCACUGAUCACCACUAUCGAGCAGUGGCGCACAAUGGGCAUACUUAUCGGGUUCCUGCUGGGCCAGCACUUGCAGUACGAUUAUGUGGCCGUGGUGGCGGUGUGCAUCUCUUGUGCCUUCACCAUAUUAUUCUCCUUUAGUCAGGAGAGUCCAUACUUCUACAUGCGGAGGGGUGAUGUGCCCAGACUGGAGAAGUCUUUGCGUUGGUUUCGUGGUGUGCGCAGUAUUGACGAUCGCAAUCGACCGGAGUUCUUAUGUGAAUUGGGCGGUUUCAAGAGCAACAUGGAGACUUGUGUCAUAGCUCAGGAGCACGUACCUUGCGUCUAUUUGUGCAAAGCCACGCUCUGUACCCUGGUGCUGUUUGUAGGCGUGCAGUUAAGCGGUAUCUACGUAAUACUCGCAUGGUCGGAUCUGAUACUCAUGAACGACGUCUUCGUUAACUGUCCCACAGACAUAAGUGCCUCCAUUUUGGCCCUUGUACAAUUUGUGGCAGCCACAAUCACCGUUUGGCUCGCGCCGGUAGUGAGGAGAAGGAUGCUCUUAUUUGUUUCGGCAUUGACCUGUGGCUUUGCAUCGAUUUGUUUGGCGAUUUGUGUAGCGUUAGAAGUGAAAGAAGAACUGCGUUGGUUUGCCUCCAUUUUGCUGCUGCUUCAUGUGUUUUUUGCUAACUUGGGCAUGUACCCCUUAAUUUCCCUGCUGCCUAGUGAAAUGUUGGCCUCGAAGUUGCGUGUUACUUUAACGAGUGUUUCCUGGGGCUUCUCGUGGCUGAUUACUUUCAUUUUGGUACAUUAUUUUCAGUCUUUUGAAUCUGCAAUCGGACUCCAUGGAUAUUUCAUCAUCUUCGGUGUUGGUUGUGUCAGCAUUGCGUUGUUAGCUCUAUUCGCGCUGCCGGAGACGUUAGGAAAGUCGCUCGAAGAACUGCAACAUAGGUGGGGGUACGGCAGUGAGUCGGGAAUUUCCAAAAACAAUGUGCCACAAAUUGGACAAAUCCAUUUAGAGCGUUACUGAGUUACUUAAGCCAAUCUUGGACAAACGAUUUUUUGUACGUUAGAAUUAUAUUUUUUUAGAGAGAAAAUUUUGUGUAAACUUUUUGAAGAUAUAAACCAAAAUUCUAAAGAAGAAAUAUUUGUUUAUUAGAA